AUGGCCUUUUAUCGCAAAAGAGGAAGCGAUUGGGUUAUUAGCAGUGAAGCAAAUAAACUGCUUGCAGCGUUAGUGAACGAGUGCAUGAACAAGACGUUGAACGACUGCGAUCCGGCCGCUACCUGCAUGGAUAAUCCUCUCUCUUACGAGUGCCUGUGUCGAGAGGGUUACCUAGAUGUGUCGCCGAAUCCAGUGAAGAAACCUGGGCGGAAGUGCAUGAAACGUUAG